AAAGCUAAUUUGUGGCUAAACUUGAUGUCUGUGAUGUUGAGUUGGCAAUUGGCAUCAAACUGAUUUUUGCCUCUUCUACUUUCUUUCAUUUUACAACCCAAGUAAUAACGCAGCAUACGUGCAUGUAGUUUAAGUGGACUAUUUCGCAGUUUUGCUGGUUGGUACUAAGCUGCGGAAUAUUAUUUUCUACUCAGACAUUUUUUUAGAUUUUUUUCUUUUCUUAUCUUUUUUAAUUAGAAGCGCUGGAACAACAAAUGAAGGCGUUGUCAUGACACUGAGGAAAGUUAACGUGGUCAUUCUUGUGUUGCUUGCUGUGGCCUUCCUGAUCAUAGUCCAACGAAAUCUCCUCAACCUCAACGAUUUUUUACGCAGACACAAUCCAGAUGCAGGUGCAGUUCUUCCCUUCGAGUCAGACUUCUCUCCAGCAGUCAGACUGGACCCAGUGAGGAGCGGUGAGGAGAUACCCGUCGUCAUCACUGCUGCUGAGGAGAGACUUGGUGCUGUGGUUGCUGCCAUGAACAGCAUCUACCAGAACAGUAAAGCCAAUAUCAUCUUCACCAUUGUGACCCUGAACAACACAGUUGAUCACCUCAAGGUGUGGCUGAGUAAGACAGCACUGCAAAAUGUCAAAUAUAAGGUAGUUAUUUUCAAUCCUGAAAUCCUCAGUGGGAAAAUAACUAAAGAGCCACCAGUGCUGGAGACAAAACCGCUGACUUUUGCUAGAUUUUAUCUGCCCGUUUACACGCCUGAAGCAGAGAAAAUCAUCUAUUUGGAUGAUGAUAUCAUUGUACAAGGAGAUAUUCAGGAACUUUAUGACACUAACCUCAAACCAGGACAUGCAGCUGCCUUCUCUGAUGACUGUAACACAGCAUCUGCUAAGGGAAUUGUUCGAGGGGCUGGAAGACAGAAUAACUAUAUAGGCUUUCUGGACUUCAAGAAGGAGGCCAUAAAGAAGUUGGGGAUGAGGGCCAAAACAUGUUCCUUCAACCCAGGGGUCAUCGUCGCUAACCUGACUGAGUGGAAGUACCAAAAUAUCACCCAGUGGCUGGAGCACUGGAUGGCCCUAAACGUGAAGGAGGAUCUGUACAGUAAGACACUGGCAGACAGCUUCACUACACCUCCUCUACUCAUCGUCUUCUAUAGACAUCACUCCGCCAUCGACCCCAUGUGGCACGUCAGACACCUCGGCACUACAGGCGCUGGAAGCCGUUACUCUCCACAGUUUGUGAAAGCUGCCAAACUUCUCCACUGGAACGGACACUAUAAGCCAUGGGGCAGAGCAUCAUCUUUUACUGAUGUGUGGGACAAGUGGUACAUUCCAGACCCAACAGGAAAAUUUCAUCCUGUGCGAAGGCUCACAGCAGACCAAUAGACUAAAUAUGGAUUUGAGCAAUCGCUGAGCAGCAUUGAAUCUCAGGAAGAAACGGGUAUUAGUCUGUUUAUGCCCAGAUUUUUUUUUUUUUGUAAAUGGAAAAAGUUGCAUUAGUACCUUUGAGCUUUUUUUUUAAUUUUUUUUUAUUGCGAGUAGAAAGUGACUGAGAUACACUUCGGCACAAUUGUUGGCCAGUGGGGCAAAACGGGUUAAGAACAGCCUUUGUACCAGCCGUCCUACCGUUCACCCAUUGGUUGAUGUGAAGUAUUCUAGUCACAUUCUGUUCACCAUUCAGGAAUGUUUUUCUGGAUCUGCCGUUACUGGUAACACCUAUUAUCUCAUGUUUGUUUACUGCCUUUGAGAAUACAGAUUUGUUCUUGAACUGGACUUCUCCCAGUACAUACUAUUUUUAGUAAGUUCAAAGCUAUUACAUUUGCAGUAAUGUGAUAUUUAAAAGUGUACAGACUUUAUGUUAUAAAAAAACAUUUGAGCUUAAUGAAAUACCAUUAGCUUUAUUUUAAAAAGUACCUUGUAGUGGUGUAGCUGUCCUUUGGUGUAAGUGGAAAGAUUACCCUAUGAUCGGUUUUGCAAAUAUCAAAUGUCAUUACUUUGAAUCAGUAUUUCUUGUGGAUCAGUGAAUGUUCAACCUAUUAAACUUCUGGAGCUGGCAGCCACGUGCUUUGUCCUGAUCCUGUCAGAGCUCGGAAGUGACGCAGAGUAGGUCCUGAUUAGUACUUGUCGAGGUGACUGCUGUGUUUCUACAUGUAGGAGUUGCAUCAGGAAACACCUGAAGUGAAACCUGUGCCAAAUCCCAAUGUGGAUCUGUACUGAACCCACUAUGGCAACCCUGCAUAACCAGGGGCAGCCAAAAUACAAUAUUGAGCUUUUACAGCUGUUUUGAGCAUCUUCCCAUAUUUUUCUCACCCAAUCAAGUGAACGUCAUUACUCGUGACAGUGUUUAAAUUAUUGCAGAUGUUGUAUGUUAAUGCCACUGUUUAUUCAGUUAUCUGACACACAAACGUGUGAUUCUUAAUGACUAUAAAGACCACUAAUCAAUCCUCAGUUCUGCAGAAACUUAAGGCAAGUUUUGCAUAAACAUUUUCUGAUUUAUUUUUGUUUUACCUGUUUUUUGGGAGUGGAGUGGGUGGCUAUAACACUACCAUUUGCCUUGCUGGUGUAAAUAUUUGUACAGUAUGGUACUUAAAAUAAAACCAUUAGCAUAUUG